UCGUCCUACCACUUCCAUCACCAUCACCUUCACCAUGACCAACGACGUCGCUACCAACGGCUCCGCUGCCGCCUCCUCGUCCUCUCCCGCCUCCUCCUUUGCCCUCAAGGCCGGCCUUGCCAAGAUGCUCAAGGGCGGCGUCAUCAUGGACGUCACCAACGCCGAGCAGGCCCGCAUCGCGGAGGAGGCCGGCGCCUGCGCCGUCAUGGCCCUCGAGCGCGUCCCCGCCGAUAUCCGCAAGGACGGCGGCGUCGCCCGCAUGUCCGACCCGGCCAUGAUCAAGGAGAUCCAGGACGCCGUCACCAUCCCCGUCAUGGCAAAGGCCCGCAUCGGCCACUUUGUCGAGUGCCAGAUCCUCGAGGCCCUCGGCGUCGACUACAUUGAUGAGUCCGAGGUCCUGACGCCCGCCGACGACGAGAGCCACGUCGAGAAGAGCCCCUUCAGCGUGCCCUUUGUCUGCGGCUGCCGCAACCUGGGCGAGGCCCUGCGCCGCAUCGCCGAGGGCGCCGCCAUGAUUCGGACCAAGGGCGAGGCCGGCACCGGCGACGUCGUCGAGGCCGUCCGCCACAUGAAGACUGUCAACAGGGAGAUUGCCCAGGCCAAGGCCGCCUUCGCCGAGGGCGGCAUUGUCCGUCUCCGCGAGCUCGCCCGCAAGCUUGAGGUUGACGUCGAGCUGCUGCGCCAGACUGCCGAGCUGGGCCGUCUCCCCGUCGUCAACUUUGCCGCCGGCGGUGUUGCUACCCCUGCCGACGCCGCUCUCAUGAUGCAGCUGGGCUGCGACGGCGUCUUCGUCGGCAGCGGCAUCUUCAAGUCUGGCGAUCCUUCCAAGCGCGCCAAGGCCAUCGUCCGUGCUGUCACGCACUACCGCGACGCCAAGGUCCUUGCUGAGUGCAGCACCGGUCUUGGAGAGGCCAUGGUUGGCAUUAACUGUGACUCCAUGAAGCCCGAGGAGAAGCUCGCCGGCCGCGGCUGGUAAGCAAAUUACAGAAGCUUUCAGCGAGCGAAAGAAAGGAGAAGAGGAGGAACAGCAAGUAUAUAUAUCGGGACGAAGAGAACGAAAAUGGAGAAAAGCAAGGCUUGAAGCCUUUGAAUGUAUCUUAUUCUACUGUUGGAUUUGGCGUUGUGGGCAUUUGUAGCUUUGGGCAGCAAUAGCAUGCUGAACAUGAGU